GCAUUUAAAUAAAAAAUCAGUUGAACAUACUUUUCGGUACGAAGAGGUUGAAAAACUUUUAAAAUAAAACAAAAAUUUUCUUUUAACAUUUUAACCACAAUAAUUUAGAAUUAAAAAAGUAGAAAAAAACCUCGUACAACUAUUUUUAGAAAUGUAUUAAACAAAAGUGUAAUAAAUUUAAAAUCAAACAAAUGCAAAUUAAUUAAAGAAAUAUAUAAAACAUAAUUGUUUUCAAAAUUAAAUGAAAAACAGCAUAUUAAUAUAAAAAAAUCCAUCCAUAUAAUAAAUAAUAAAAAUGGCUAAGAUCGAUUGUAAGUCCAGGCGUGGCACCAAAAUCUCGGUAAUGAUCUUGGGUGGUGCCCUCUGCACUGUAAUGAUGGCCUAUUUUGUAUUUGGUGAUACAAAUGAUGAACGUGGCUUACGAAAUUUACGUAUGAUAUCAAUUCUUUUUAGACAUGGUGAAAAGAAUCCAAGUGAACUAUAUCCUAAUGAUUCACAUGCUACGCAUGAAUGGCCUGGUGGUUUAGGAGCACUGACUCAGAAAGGUAGUCUUCAAUCUUAUAAUUUGGGCAAAAACUUGAGAAUGCGAUAUUAUCGACUGCUGCCGCCGAAUGGUCUUUAUACGCAGCAACAAAUUAGGGUCUUAAGUUCAGCAGCUGAGAGGUGUAUUAUGAGUGCUAAUAGUCUAUUGGCAGGUUUUAUGCCUCCAUUGGAACAUAGUAAUCCUUUGCCAAUACAAUGGCAACCGGUGCCAGUUAAUUCUAUACCCAGAAAAGAAGAUACGCUAUUGGCCCAAAAGAAACCCUGUGCCAAAUAUGAUACAAUUUUAGAUAAAUUAUACAAAAAUCCACCACCCGAUUUGAAAAAGCUAAACGAAGAAAAUGCUGAACUGUAUAAACUUUUAACACGACAUACGGGCAAGAAUAUAAGCAAUGUAUUGGAUGUUGAAUACUUAUAUAAUACUUUGAAAAUUGAGAGUGAAGCUGGUUUAGAUUUACCCGAUUGGGCUGAAAACAUCUAUCCCGACCGUUUGGAACCUUUGGCCGAAAGAAGUUAUGUACUCUUUACGGAAACAAAUCUUAUGAAAAAAGUUAAGGGUGGUGCAUUUCUAAAUGAAAUUCACUCAAAAAUGAUUGAUAAAAGAAAGCGCAAUUUGAAUCCAGAUCGUAAAAUAUUUUUAUAUUCUGGCCAUGAUGUAACGCUAGUAAAUGUUAUGAAUUCUUUAAAUAUUUUGGAUCAAACGGCGAAAUUACCGGAAUAUGCUUCAGCAUUAGCUUUCGAAUUGCAUCAUAGUUCCCUGUUUAAAGAUGAUUUUGAGGUUAAGAUUGUUUAUUAUUACAAUAGUGAUGAUAAAUUCCCCAAAGAGUUGGCCAUACCCAAUUGUGAUGCUCCCUGUUCGCUAACGAAAUUUUCGGCAUCUAUUAAACAUUUACUUCUGUCGGAUUACGAUGAAACAUGUGAAAAUACCAAACCAGAUUGUACGAGCAAAUGACUUAAAAACUAUUGUAUUUAUGAUUUCAAAGUGAGAUUUUUAAAUACAGUUUCCCCCUUAUGUACUUGUAUUGUUGUAAUGUGAUAGUUAAAGAAAAAUAUUUUAAAUAAAUGUUGUUGAAUUUGUUGUUAAAUUUAUAUAGAAA